GCCGUCGUCUCUUCUCUCCAUCGCCGUCGUCUCUUCUCGGCAUCGCCUUCGUCUCUUCUCUCUAUCGCCUUCGUCUCUUAAUUACAUAUUUCCUGGACUUAUUUAGAGAUGCUUGAACUGUAUUCAGUUUGUGGAUUAUGGAAGUUGAAGCAUAAUAUUAAAUGGGAAUUUGAAAUUGAUGAUGAGAGCGGAGUUUCUCUGAUUAGCAUUGAUGAGGGAACUAGUUUUAGUGAUUUGGUCAAAAUUCUUUAUGAAGAUUUUGCAAUUGAUAAUCAGAAACACUCUCUAAAGCUUAGUUUCCAGUUGCCUUCUAUGACUGCAACACUAGGUAGUCAUCCAAUUUUUAUUAGAAAUGAUAGGCAACUGGCAACUUUUAUGAGAAUUUCUGCACAAACACAAAGUAUUCAUUUAUGUGUUACUGUAGAGGAUAAUUGUGUCAUAGUUGAGCAGGAUCAAACUAGCUCAUAUCAGUUUGUUGCAAGCGAUGUAACUUCUGCUUCUCAUUCUCAGGUUCCGACAAUGCUUAAUCCUCCUGCUGCUACUUCUGGUCUUUUUACUUCCACUGAGGUACCUAGAACGUCUACUAUCAUUAAUCAGCAGCCAGUUAUAUGUAACCAAACAACUUCUUUUGGGGCUACUGAUGUUUCUUGUCCAAAUCGUACUCACGAUCAAACUAGCUCAUAUCAGUUUGUUGCAAGCGAUGUAUCUUCUGCUUCUCAUUCUCAGGUUCCGACAAUGCCUAAUCCUUUUGCUGCUACUGCUGGUCUUUUUACUUCUGCUUAGGAACCAAGAACGUCUACUA